AUGGCAUCACAAGGAUUUUCGUUUCCUCCGCCGCCUCCGCCACCUCCACAGCAGCAGCAGCAACAACAACACCAACAGGCGCCGGGAUAUGCGAAUGCUGCUCCGCCCUACGGAAAUUACAAUGGAUAUCCCCAACGAGGCGGCUACCGAGGCGGCGGCAAUUUCAAUCGAGGGCGCGGUCGCGGUGGCAUGAACCGGGGAGGCCGCGCAGGAGGAGGAGGCUAUCCAAACAACUAUCACAGCCAGCAGCCCGGCGGUGGCGGCGGCGGCGGUGGUGGUUAUAAUGGAUAUUCCCCCGCAUCAUCUGUUCCUGCGCAGUCUCCGGUGACAGCAUCAAAUUAUUAUGCGAAUACCGCACAUCCACCGUCGCAACCGUACGCUUCCGCCGCGCAGGCGUAUCCUCCUCGUACACCAGCUUCAUCGUACCAUCGAGCAAGCUACGAUGGGAGACAUAGGGCGGAUUCGGCUGCUGCUCAAGCAAUGGGCUAUGGAAACAAUAACAUGCCGGCUACGCAAGCUCAGCCAGGAGCUCCUCCCACGAUGGUAGCGCCUCCAAUGCGCUGGGGAUACGAUAGUACGGGGACUGGCGGAUUUUAUCCUGGCCCUACAAACGGGACUGGCUACAAUACGCAGCAGUCUUACCAGGGACACGUCCAUGGAAAUGUACAGGGAAGCGCCGGCUACAAAAACAACGGACACAAGCGCACUUUUUCGUCGAGUUUUGAGAAACCAACAUCCACUGUUCCGCGCGCGCCAGCUGCGCCUGCAGUGCCGAGCUUUGGAGUCCCCUUGCCGGCGAAACCGCCACAACCGACAGACGCCGCGUCCAAGAAGACGUCUAAUAAGAAGAAAAAACGAAAGUUCAAUCAGCUUGGCCUCACGCCAAAGACUGAAGAGCACGAGUCAAGUGGUGAAGAAGAAGACGUGGACGAAGAAGCUCGCUUUGUCUCGGCGGCAAAUCCAGGAGGAUCUCUAGAGUUCACGUUUCGCGGACGCACGUCGACCCUGAACUCGACAGCAGACAUUCAAGCAUGGAUCGCAGAACGCAAGAAACGAUUCCCGACACAGGCUCGAGUGGAGGAAAAGAAGAAAGCGCAGGAAGAAACUCGAAAACAAAGAGACCUACAACGUGACGAAGCGCGAAGGAAACAACAAGAAGCAAGGGAACGGAACAAAACUGAAUCAAAAGAGGUGGGAGAGCAGGGGGUCGAUCCCAUGGAUGCGGCUCUCAAGGCCAAAGAGAGAGCGGCCAGGCUGCGCAAAAAGCUAUUGAAAGAAGAGAGGCGGCUGCAAAAGGCAGAGGCCGAUGCCGAGCGAGCACGGCUUAUGGCAGAGGCAUCACAAAGAGGCCAGGAAGUGGAUAACCGAGACACGAAAGACGCUGUUGUUCAAGGUGGCACAACAAAAGAUCCAUCAUCGACAGAGCCGCUGGCGUCAUCACCGGCGCAGGGCGAUCACCAAGAGGAGUCUAUCGGGUCGGGUCCAUCCGACGACACCGACAUCAGCGACGAUGCGCCAGAAGAAGUAUCCUCGCGUCGGGAUGGCCCUGAGCGAGUGCCUCCACCUCCGCGAGGAAUUGACGCGAAGCAAAAGAAACCGUGCCACAAUUUCCAGCGCAGAGGCCGGUGUCCGCGGGGCGAUCGGUGUCGAUACUCACAUGAGGUUUCUGGGCUUCCUGGGCCAGGCGAUAAACUCCGGUCUGAUACCACUACAAAGCGUCCUGUCCGGAGGGGACUGUUUCAGAUGCUUGUAAGUCAGGAGAUGGAGGCAAGAGACGGGCAGGUGAUGCAGGCCAUUUCCUGGCUGGGAUCGCAGGGGCUUCUUGAGAGCCGUAGUAAUAUCGCUGAGCCUGCGUCUGCGUCGACGUGA